CAACCGAUAGGAGAAGUGAUAUCGCUCAAAUCCCACUGUUGAUUUUUUUCGUCGUGUUUAAAAAUAGAUUGAGUUUUAUAAGCGAAACAUUUUAUCUCGAAAGAGAGGUUGGAAUUUUGUUUUAUUGUACUCGGCGGGUUUGACGGUGUGAUUGGGCUGGAGACUGUAUUUCCCAUCAUGCAACACUCGUCGGAAAUGCAAAAGAGAAAGACUCGCCAUUUUGUUAAUUUGUUCUCUUUGCUACUCCACUCCAAACCGAAGCCUCGACGGCGUGUUGAAGUUUUGCGACCUGUCUUAGCUGGCCAACCGCUAACAAAGCUUCAAGGCACGUCGUCAAGCGUUCAGAAAAUGUCCGGGAGAAUGACACCGGCUGUAGUAAAGUUCCAGGAGGAAUUUUGUGGAGUGAAAGAGGAGCCCCCGCGCCACCAGCACUCGACUGUGUGCAAAAUAAUGCACGCAAAGGUUGCUCAUCACAGACUAGAAGAUCUAUAUGUCAACCAAGCCUAUCGUCCUGAGCACCAGGACUCUGCAUGCAAGGAGGAGGAAAAGUCCGUACCCAUUCAAGCUUUCAGAAAAUGUCUUGGUGCAGAGCGGCAGGAGCCAGAAUCUCCUGGCGUUAAAGAGGAUGUUGAGCUCCACCAAAUCAAAGAGGAGGAGGAGCCAGAGCCCUUUCAACAGAAGGAACUUCCAAUCAAAAAAGAGGAGGAUGAGCUGUCAUAUGUUAAAGAGGAGGAAGGUAUCACCCGGUCGACUGGUGAGCCCUUGAAGAGUGAAGAUGGUCCGGGUGAGGCCAGCAGAGGGGCGGAGCCUCUGAUGGAUGGCGGCAGCAGCCCAACAGAAGGAUUGCAAGCACACGUUUUCAUCUCACCAUCCGACAGAAAUGGCGCCACAUCACACUCACCUUACAAUAAUGGUCAUAAGAAAUCUCACCGUGACGAAAAACUCUGCAAAUGCUCUCCUUGUGGGAAAACCUUUGCUAAUAAGUAUACUUGUCGUGCGCAUAUGAUGAGCCACACUGGUGAAAAACCUUUUUCCUGCUCACUUUGUUGCAAAAGGUUCUGUACCAAUGGCACUUUAAAACGACACGAAAGAGCCCACACGGGACAAAAACCUCAUUCCUGCUCAGUUUGUGGUAAAAGAUUCAGUUACAAGCACACCUUAAAAGUCCACAUCAGCGCCCAUACGGGAGAAAAACCUUACUCCUGCUCAGUUUGUGGUAAAAGAUUCAGUUACAAGUACACCUUAAAAGUUCACAACAGAGCCCAUACGGGAGAAAAACCUUUUUACUGCUCAGUUUGUGGUCAAGGAUUUGCUGCAAAGCGAUACUUGAAAAUACACACAAGAACCCACACAGGAGAAAAACCUUUUGCCUGCACAGUUUGUGGGGAAAGAUUCAGUCUCAAGAGCAGCUUGGAAACACACAACAGAACCCACACGGGAAAAAAACCUUUUUCCUGCUCAAUUUGUGGUCAAGGAUUCACUCGAAAGUCAACCUUAAAAACACACGAAAGAAUCCACACUGGAGAAAAACCUUUUUCUUGCUCAGUUUGUGGUCAGAAAUACACUCAAAAGCAAAACUUCAAAAUACACACAAGAACUCACACUGGCGAAAAACCUUUUUCCUGCUCAGUUUGUGGUCAAGGAUUCGCUCUAAAGGAACACUUGGAAAGACACACAAGAACCCACACUGGGGAAAAACCUUUUGCCUGCUCAGUUUGUGGUCAAAGAUUUAGUCGCAAGAGCAACUUACAAAGACACGGAAGAACCCACACCGGAAAAAAAACUUUUUCCUGCUCAGUUUGUGGCCGAGGAUUCACUCGGAAGGAUCGGAUGAGACACGAGUGUGUGUGAGAAUCAGUGGCCAAUGACUGUUUUGCCUGUCAUUCAUGCUAGCUUCAUCAGAUUUUGCACCCAGGACAAUUGUAUGCUUUAGAGAUUCCUCAAAUUCUGUUGAGGAUCGGUACUUUAAUUGCCUUACUUGUGCUAUAUUCAAAUCUGGUAUGAUAUGCAUCCACACUAUUGCCAAAAGGUAUUGUCUUACUUAACUGUCAAGUUAAGUGGCAUGUCAUACUCUCCCUCUUUCAAGCUACACUUUUCACGGUGAAUGUUUGAAACGUGACCCCAAAUUAUAAAAAUUCAAAAUCAUUCAUCAAUAGUGUCAUUCAAUAAAAAUGGAAAAUGAUGAUGUCUAAGCUCUAACCCCAAAGUAACCUCUCGACUCUGCUUCUAACUUUAGUGCUUGUACGUCACCAUCCUUGUUUAUUUUUAUCCAUAAUAAAUUCCUUGUUUUUAUCCAGUCCCGUCCUCUUGUUCCGGUUCUUCAGAACAAGCUUGCACGUAUGAGACAUUUUAUUGUUUGUGUUGUUGUGCCCCUUUGGGCCAAUUUACUAGAGAAGGGACUGAUGAGAUCAUUACUAUUAUGCAGAGAUAAUUAUCAUUAGGCUUAUUAGAUAUUUACAGAUAUUUACUCAAAACAUCGAUCGCUUACAAUAAAGAUAUGCUUUGGUGAUUGCUUACAAUAAGAAUAUACAAAUAAGCCUAGCUCUCAAUCAAACUGCCUUAUCAUAACACCGGUUCAAUGCGGCCUACAUUCCACAGGUCAGCCUUGAGACAAGCCAUAGACAUUAAGAAAUCAAACUGCCACAUUUAAUUUGUUGCUAGAUGAUGUUUUGCCACACAUGAACUAGUUCCACCUACAUGCACACACAGUGCAAAACAACUUCAAGGGGUGUCGCCGGGGUGUUUCCUUUUAGGGCAAGACACCCAUCUGAUGUUAGGGCCAUCCCAAAUAAAAAGACUCAAGGCUUAGGUUAGAACAAUGUUAAGGGACUGUAUUAUAUAGUCUAGUAUUGCAUUGUAUAGCUUCUUCUGUACUACUUUCUUUUUAUUUGAGACUAUUCUAUCGACAAUCUUGUUUUACAAAAUGUGCCGUAUAUGUGUAACUAUAAAUAGUCUCUGGUAUGCCAUAUCUCGGUAUGAUGGCUUUUGAAGGAAUUCGGCCCCCCAGCGAAGCCGACGGAACAGCGACAGCCGAACCAGAAGGCGUCCUGCUGGCGCAGCGCCGGCAAGUCUGUUGGAAAGGGCCAACUCCGCGCGUUCACUCCGGUGUUAACCCUUUGUACUGACUCCAUUUUGAACGGUUUAAAGAAGGCUCACCGAAAACAGGUUGACAAUUCAUUCGUCGACAAUGGUCAAAAAGCAAGGCAAAAACCGACGAUGGAGGGGCAAUACUGAAUCCAGGGUCAGCAAAACAACGGAUACUUCGAAAUGUCUCUGAGAAGCGACCGUUGUUAGCUAAAUGUUCAGUCUCUUGAAAGCUGCGGUGGAGUGGGACAGGCGGAAGGCGUGCCUGGGUGUUGUCUUUGGAUCAUCCUUCUGUGGCAGGUUUGUGCGGUCAAGUUCAUGUGUCGUCUUUCGUGGCUGGGUCGUGGUUGCCACGGCAACCAACGCAUGUCUUGACGUCUCAGGCGCCGAGCUAUGCACUUGUUAUCUUGGUAGGGCGAAGUUGAUCUGACCCCACUGAAGAGUCACUGACGUCUUCUCCUUACCUUAUCAGGGAGGGCUGAUAUUUUGGUCCCCUUUACUGUGUCAAAGGGCAUGGAGUGAUUUCUGCCUAAACUAAGGUUAAAUGCUUUACUAUAAUGAAUGUGUUGGACAAAUGCAAACAGUUAUACAGUGUCUAUUACAAACUAACCCCUAACUAACUACUCACUUUGCACAAUGCUUUUGCACAUUAUUGCACCUGGCUGCUUAGUAGGAACAAUCUCUACCCAUUGCAAGAAUGCAUCAAUGAUAAGGCUAUACAGUGGUACCUCAAAAUCCGAUCUUUUCGACAUCCGACGUGAAAUUUGGCUCGCCAUUUGUUUCUACAUCCGACGACUUUCAUUUGUUUCUACAUCCGACGACGUGCUCAAAAUACGACGACAUGACAGCGCUGCAGACGUGUGCACGUCGGAUUUUCUUGUGAGAGAAAUCAACACAAGUUCUAAGAAGUUGUUUAGUGCAGGUGUUGAAGGGGAAAAUGUGACGCUUACUCAGAGGGUCAUCCCAGCGACAAAACCCCGAGGCGCAAUGAAGGUGAGAGCUGGCUCUCAGCAGCCGGCCGCGGCAGGCAGCCAGCCUGAAAGCCGCUGGGGAAGAAGCCUCAGUACGCCCCGAUCGGCAGCUGCCUCUCCCCCGUCCCCUCGAUCCGAGAACCGCGGCACUUUUGCGCGAUUCAUUUCAGAAUUUGUGCAACAUAAAACGCCUACCGUCCGGUCCAGUUGACAGCAAAAACAAAAGAUUAAAAGAAGUUCAAAAGAACUGCACUCUCUACCUCACUGUCACGUCAGCAACACUGUGCGUUCAGGUACAGACAAAAAAAUUCCGCCACAUUAGAAGCUGAUUAGUUACAUUAUUACAGGAAUUAUUAUUUUAUUAUUCCAGUUUUUAUUAAUAAUUUGUGUGUGUUGCUAUGUGUAAUUGUCAUUUGUAAUAGUAACAGCAGUAUCAAGGAUUUAGUGUAGUUUUUUUGGGCUGUGGGAUGAAUUAAUGGAAUUCUUACGGAAAAAUCCUGCUCGACAUACGACCAUUUUGACUUACAAGCAAGGACCUGGAACUAAUUAACUUCAUAUGUAGAGGUAACACUGUUUUGUUUUCCUUCACAUUUGCUUAACUCGAUAAAAUCCAUACAUAUGCGUUGGGAUGGGUAUGUCGCGAAAAUGGCGUAAAUUAAUGCUUAACGACACGGCGAAGUUGAUAAGUGAGAGAGCUGCGUGCAGUUGUUGUGUGCAGCUAACAUGACAAACGUAAAUUAAUGUUCCUUUCUUUGAAGAAAGUUUGUUGUGUUUACUUCGGAAUCGCUGCAUUUGCUGCCAUUUUUAAAGUUAUGCGCAUGCAAAAUUUGUCAGAACACCGGCAAUGUGCGGUAGAAAAAUGCAGCAAAUAUAAAAUAAUUUGUUUUUAGACCUGUCAUGAUAAGUGCAGGGAAAAUAUAACUCACCUGCUGAAUCAGCGGGAGGACUGAGCUUGUUUCGUUGAGACGAGAUGGUCCCAUCUAGGUGUGAUGGGAAAGUGAGAGAAGCCCGCUUCACAAAGAUAGGAUGUUGGAAAUUGUAGCACGGUUUUCAGUGUUCCAGUGAUGUCAGGAUAUUCCGGAAUGACUUUAAUCCAGAACUUCAGUAGAGUUGCUGUCUCAAAUGUACGUUUGAGGUCGCCGUGAUUUGCGAUCUCUACAAGCUGAUAUUCCUGUUGCACAGACAUGCUCGAAUCACUCGGUUUAUGCACAUAUGGGUCACGAAUCCACCCCUUCGCAGUUCGUGGGUCUUUAGUGAUUGGGAAGUAGUAUAGAUUUGGUUUUCUUCGAGGUUGUAGGGUCAUCUUCUGGCUCGUCAGGUGCCCUUUUCCUCGUAAAAAAUCUGUCCAAAGACGUCUGUUAUUUAGUCAUUCUAGUGUGGGGGGCUAAUUAUUUCCGGGAACAACUGUGAUGUGCCCGCCCUACGUCAUACAUUAU